AUGGUCAUCCCGCAUUCUCUUCGGCCGGCUGUUUUGACGCUGUUGCACGAAGGACACCAAGGCAUCAACAGGAUGAAAGCUCUCGCUCGAGAGUCCAUUUGGUGGCCUGGCAUUUCGGCAGACAUUACCUCUCUGGUAACUAACUGCGAGCAAUGUGCUUCCACUCGGGUGAACCUUGCAGAGCCCCUGGUCUCCACGGUCCUACCUGGACGUCCCUGGGAACUUGUCGGCAUGGACCUGUUCCACCUCCGCAGCCAGACAUUCAUCAUGGUGGUGGACUACCACUCCAGGUACCCUGAAGUUGUAACCUUGAGGAGCACAACGACUCAGGCAGUCAUUGACAUUCUCAAAAGCAUCUUUGCCCGGCAUGGGAUUCCGCGAGAAGUCAGAUCAGACAACGGUCCACCGUUCUCUUCACGCGAGUUUGCAGCGUUGGCGGCAUCUUACGGCUUUGACCACGUCACCAGCACCCCGCACUAUGCGCAAUCGAACGGUGAGGCGGAGAGAAUGGUCAGGACCAUCAAGGAGUUGUUUCGCAAAGCAACAGACCCUCAUCUGGCCUUGCUCAGCUACCGGGACACCCCAGGAGUCGAUGGCUUCAGCCCGGCCCAGCUCUUGAUGGGACGACAACUCCGAACCAAAGUGCCAAAACAGGACUCCCAGUUAUGUCCUCACUGGCCGUCGAGGAAAGACGUGAAGAGAAAAGAUGCAGCCUACAAGCAGAAACAGGCCGCUGACUUUAACAGGCAUCACAGAGCUCAAGAUCUGUCAUCGCUCCGAACGGGCCAGUGUGUCUGGGUACGACCUGAUCAGGUCAAAGCUACAGUGCUUAGCCCAGCACGCCGACCACGAAGUUAUGUCGUGGAAAUGGAGCAGGGUGGCGUCCUACAACGCAUCCGGCGUCACCUAGUGCCUUUUGCACCUCCUGCGCCAAGGGUGGAACCACCGCCGUAUGAGGAGCAGGAGCCACAGCGAACACUGCCCCCUCUGGAACCCCAGCGAACUACUACAGUGCAACCACCCGAUUCCCUUGGACUGCCCCCUGCAGACAGUGACCGCAGUGAUGGUGUGACACGAACACGUAGUGGCCGCCGUGUUGUGCCUCCGAACCGCCUGAACUUGUGA